UCUUUGGGAAUCAUUCCUUCUUGCCACACACACAUAUCCUUACAAGCAUCAUCUUCCAAACAUGGCUCUUCCACCUCCAUUGCGUGCUCUCGGUAUUGGAGAAUUCAAUGCUCCACAUUCAUUGGAAUUAUACGUUGACUAUUUGUGCCCUUUCAGCAAUAAACAAUUACAAGGUGUUUAUGAGCAUUUAUUACCUUUGAUUUUCGAAAAAUCAUCACCAUACUACGGUAAAGUGAGAUUAUUGCUAAGACCAUAUCCUCAACCAUGGCAUUCAAGCUCACCUCUCUUAGCCGAAAGUGCAUUGGCAAUCGCACGUUUGGCCGAACCGGCAGGAAAGAAUAUUGAAGCAGAAACGAAUGCACUCGUUGAUCCAAAAUUAAACGCUUUUUGGGUUUUCAGUUUGGAAAUUAUGAAACAACAAAAGGAGUAUUUUGAUGGUCCGGCAAGAUUGAAAAAUCCAGAUCAAAUUCGUGGUGACUUUGUUAAUUUGGCAAUCAGUACCCUUGGCGAAAAUCCAAGACGUGAAAAAGGAAAACCACUCUUACGUCCACAUGAACGUGGAAUGCCUUUAGGACAAGCUGUAAAGAACAUGGUUCGUGUGGAUCCAGAAAGUAAUGCAGGCAGUCAAGUGUCUGCAGAUUUGAAGUAUUGUGUCAAGAUUGGACGUCAAAACGGAAUUCACGUCACGCCAACAGCUGUUUGGGAUGGUUUGGUAGAAUCUUCAAUCAGCUCUAGCUUCGGCAAACAGGAAUGGGAAGACUUCUUGAAAAAGUCUGUCAGAAAUGUGUAAGAUAAUAAUAAAAUCGCAUCAAUAUAGUACAAUAAAAAUGGAGCAUAUCUCGUCACUGGUAGACAGGGAAAUAUAUAGUACAAACGUUCAGGAUCUCCUCCUCAGCUUUCUCUUCGCUGUAGUUCAUCGACCAAAGAUGAAUCGCCGAGAUGCUGAUACAUCGUUUCUUCAUCAACGAGAGUCCUUCGUCCAAGCAAUUUCUUCUUGGGGCUUUUCUUUGCAGAUUUGGCGUCUUUUGUC